AUGUCGAAUAUUACCGACUACCGCUCAGUUUAUGUCCGUCAUAUCCAAUCUUGUUAUCGCUGCCAUCCCGAGGCCAUCUCCUUCUACGAUCAGCUGGCCGACUAUCUGCAAGGAUGUUCUGGGAGGCGAAAGUCGAGCCUCCAAGAAGUACAAUUCUUUGAGCUUACCCCGCUCUCCAGCAUUGACACGUAUCCAAAAGCGUCUCCAUUUGUCAAGGCUGAACCCCAUGGCAAGCAGCAUGGGCCGCGGGUCGGGGUGCUGGAAGGGUUCCCCUGUCCUGACUUUAUCGCAUUUUUGGGAGCCGAGUUUGCCGUUCGACCCGAGUUUUUCAUCGAACAUUUGCCUAUGAGCCUCAAGAAGAGGGUAACUGGUGGUGUCUAUGAGCUGCCAACCCUGCCGUCAAGGAAUGACAAUGUGGUGCGCGUGCAGUUCUCCUGCCUCAUCAGAUCACUGUCCCCGUAUUCGGACCAGCUUGCCGGGCAAACAUCGAAAUCCAUGCAACAAAAGCGAGCUGAUGUGGAGGAUGCACGGUUAAAAUUCGAGAAGGGACUGAUCAAGUCGGGGAAGUAUGGAGCCACGCAUAUCCGAAGGAUAGUCGUGCAUGACCAUGACAUGUGCAGUAUCGAGGGAAUGAUAUCCUUCACUAUUGCGACGCAGUAUCCUCAUUGGCAUGGCAUAUUCUUGACUGAUAACGGCCGUAUGAACAUGGAUCAAACGGGAUUCCCUUGGUCUAAGACGCCCCGGCAUGACCAACCCAACGGAGUUGUUCCCUUGAUUCCCUACAAUCUGCCGGUAGAGAGGAGCGCCCCAGUCCCCGUAUCUCCACAGGCUGAUUAUGGAGUGUCUGGGUAUCUUGACCAAUUUCACCCCCUCAAAAAUAUCGUCUUCACGGACGAAGUCGAUGCCCAAUUGAUGCAGGAGGACCCGUUUUUCCUUCUCGCCACUGUUUUGACAACAUCCUUUCUUUCCUGGUCACAGACCCUGAAUUUCCUUGCCAGAAGUAUCGCGGAAUGUCAGAAUCAGUUGAGAUUUGACCAAAAUCAAUUACAGUUUCAAUUGGGACAGUUGAGGCAACAUGUUGUAACGAUCAGCCGCGUGAAGGAGAUUCUUUCGGAGAACGAGCACAUCAUAAAGGAAGGAGGCUGCUCGUCAUGGCCUAGGGCAGCUUCUGACUCUACAUUGAAACGGAAGAGCCUCAUUCAACGACAGUUACUGGCAGACCAUACUGGCAUUAUGCAGCGCUGCUCGUUGCUAAUUGACCAGUGCGAGUCCGCCACCACCGUCCUGGUUAGCUUUGCACAGCUUGUAGUCUCGGAAAAGGGAAUCAUGAAUGCCAAUGAGGUUAACCAGUUGACCAAAAUGGCAUCAAUCUUUAUUCCCAUGAGCUUCAUCACUGGUGUCUUUGGGAUGAAUGUACGGGAAUGGGACCCACUUCCUUCAUGGAGAUGGCCCUUCGGGACUGGAAUCGUACUAUUCUGCACCACAAUCUUCCUGCUGAACAGAAAGCGUUGGUUACGGAAGGUUGCCCAAUACCUUCAUAUGGCUCAUUUCACGAGAAAGACACGUUAG